GGAUGGAAAAUUUUGAAUCCAUUCAUAAACGCAGCGCAGCGAAGCGAACCCACAUCCCAGUUUUGGAGACUUUCACACACACGGUACAAAGAGGAGAAAACCCUGCAACGACGCGUUUUGGUUGCGGUUUUUUUUUUUCUUUUUAAUUUCGCUUUGAAUUCCGCUGAAAAUUUUCUUCACGGUGGUGCCUGCUUUCUUUCUUUCCUGUCGUUUUGAUUAAAACUCAGGCCACUUUGAUUUAUUUUGGUUUAAAUUUUAGAAGAUAAAAUCAAUGGAAGAGAUUGGAAUGGACCCAUCUGCAGCCAAUCCUGGACCCAUCGAUCGUUCAGUACUGUAUGAUCAAGACAAGCAUGUAUCUUCAGCUGUUUGGGAUGGCCAGGAGCGUGGUGCACUUAGAUGUCAUGAGCAUACAUCAAAGUUGGGAGAAUGGAGACUCACCCCAAAACAGAUUGAAUUGGUGGAAAAAGCAGGAUUUGGGUACUUGAGGAAGAUACCUGCCAUUAGUUUAGAUAAUCCGCUCAUUUCAGCUUUAGUUGAGAGGUGGAGAAGAGAGACUAAUACAUUUCACUUCACUGUUGGAGAAAUGACUGUGACUCUUCAAGAUGUUGCCUUCUUGCUGGGAUUGGCAAUUGACGGGAUGCCCGUGAUUGGAAUAACGUAUACCACUUGUGGAACGGUGUGUGAAAAGUAUCUUGGGAAAGCACCAGAUUCUACUUAUGCAAGUGGUGGGAUGGUGAAGCUAAGUUGGUUGAAAGAGUUCUUUUCUCAGUGUCCUGAAAAUGCAACGAUCGAAGAGAUUGAGCACCACACACGUGCUUACCUUUUGUAUCUUGUGGGAAGCACUAUUUUUUCAACCACCACAGGGAAUAAGGUCCCUGUCAUGUACCUUCCAUUGUUUGAAAAUUUUGAGAAUGCUGGGAGGUAUGCAUGGGGUGCAGCUGCAUUAGCAUUCUUGUAUAGGGCACUUGGGAAUGCCUCUGUUAGAUCCCAAAGCACUAUUUGUGGAUGUUUGACAUUACUUCAGUGUUGGAGUUACUAUCAUCUAAAUAUUGGUCGACCAAAGCUCAACAGGGACCCUAUCCACGAUCAUUUCCCUUUUGUACUGAGGUGGAAGGGAAAGCAGAGUGGUCCAACGACAAACCGUGAUGUAGUUUUCUACCGUAAGGCACUUGACUCCCUGGAACCAUGUGAUGUAGAGUGGCUUCCCUACAAGUACAUGGAUAGUACUGUAAUCCCAGAGGAAAUUAGAAACAGUUUGGUUUUGGGGAGGUCUAAAACGAUGUUGAUAUGCUUUGACAAGGCAGAAAGGCACCUUCCUAAUCGUGUCCUAAGGCAAUAUGGCAUGCUACAACCUAUCCCAGAAGAUGUGCCACAAUGGGUAAGAAAAAGCCGUGGAGUUGAUGGUGGUGUGGACUUGUCUGGGAAAAUGGAAUCAGAACUUAAUGAAUGGGCAGAUCGUGCACUCCAUAUUGUGGAUGGUGAUGAUGAUGCAGAUGAAAAUGAAUACAUGGUGUGGUAUUUGAGAAUUACUCGUAAAGUUGUAGGGAGACCUAUUUCUCUCUCUUCAGAGUUUCAGAGAACAAUUGGUGGUGUACGGGAAAUUUCAUACUUAGCCGAAACUUUCCCUUUGAAAGGACUGCUGCCUGAGCAGUUUGAAUCAAUUUCCAGGAUUAGGUCUAUUGCACAAGAAUGCUUGAGAGACCAAGUUGGAGGUACAAUUGUUUUGUCACCUAUUGUGGGAACUGAACUUGGCAAAAGGACUAGGGGGAAGGAGAGGGUGAGAAGAAAGGGUACUGGGAAACGGAGGCGUAGUAAUGAUCCCAUGGAAGGUCACGGAGCUAGUGAGGAUGAGUCUCAGUAUUGUGGCAUGGUUGAGGUGGAUCAAUUACAUCCGCAUCACACGAAUGAUGAGGUAGAUCAUUUGCCACUUACAGUUCUUGAAGGUGAAGCUGCACUGCUAUUGGAUACACCACAUAAAGUUGAUGACAUGCAACUUCAUGAUGCAACUGAUGGGAUUGAUGCCUCACACUUUUGUGAUGCAAGUAAUGAGGCAGACAACUCGAAUAUGCUUAAUUCUAUUGGUGAAAAUGAUUUGCAAACUGCCAAAACAGUAGAAGAGGUUAUUCCACAGUCAUUUGAGCUACCUGAUGCAACCAACGGUAACACCGAUUUAGAAAUUCAUAAUGAAACUAACAAGCCCGAAGACUCACAAGGUUGUAAUGCUACUAAUGGGAUCAAUGGUCCCCAAACACUAGUGGCCACUGAUGUUAAUGAAGCACAAAUUCAUGGUGCAACCGAUAAGGUCAGCGAGUCACAACCCUCUGAUGCUGUUCACAGUGAUCAACAAAUGGUAAAAGAGGAAGUAGAGGUUGCUCCACAGUUGUCUCACGAAAACACUGAGGAUCUUGCACAGCAGGGUGAUAAUAGUGUUGUAGCAUAAAAGUGGAACCAUUGUCAUGUAUUUUCUGGAGGCUGCAAAAGAUGAACGGGUCUCAGCCUUGUAUUAGUGGCAAGGACAAUUGGUUGCACAAAGAAAAGAUAUUUAUAUUGUAACUCCAAAUAGUUCGAAGUGCCUGACCUGUUUUAAGGGCACUCUGUGGCUUGUAGAAUUAGCUCGGGUUAACAGAAAUUAGUUUCACUUUCCAUUUUAGAUGACAGUUUUAUUUUUUGGCCAUCUUAAUGCAAAUUGCAUGGCAUGUUCAUUUUUGUUUCUAAGAAUAUUGUAUAGGGUGUUUACUGUUUCUUCCUUUGGUAUCGGCAUGGAUGUGUUAGUUAUGUGUAAUUGAAGUAGAUUGUUUUAUGUUGUUGGCACUCUUUUUAUCAUGGUCAAUGUUUUGGGAUUUCAAGGAAAUCCUGAUCAAGUGGAACAGAGAGAGAGAAGUAGAUGGAAAAUACUGAGAUUUAGAUUGUAAGUAUACUAGACGCCUUUUGUAAGUACAAUUUCUUAGAACCAAUGAGGUUAAA